AUGGUAUUCCUCACUUGGAAAAGUAGGAAUGAGAUGAUAAAUGGAAGCAAAGAGGAUAGUGUAAAUGUGAUAGCAGCAAAUGCAGUUCGACUUGCUUCAUCUUCAAAUGCCUUUAAUCUAACUUCGGUCAACUGGGAUUCUAAUCAGCUUAGGCUAUUUUCUUCCACUUGGAAUCCCCCUCCAACCGAUUGGAUUAAACUUAAUGUUGAUGCAGUCCUUCACAGUUCAUACAAAUCAGGAGUUGGCGGGAUAAUAAGAGAUAGUAAACGAAGAUUUUUAUUUGCCUUUGGAUUUAAAGGCAUUCACUGGGAUAGUUUGGUCUUGGAGCUAGAAGUAAUACUAUCAUUGAGAAAGCUGGUUCAAGAUUGGAUGUAUGAGGUGAAAGGAAUUAUCAUAGAAGGAGAUAACUUCAAUGUAAUGAAGUUUGUGCAGGAAAUGCUUAACAAAGAGGAUUUUAGGAAUGACGGCACUAUCCAAG